GAUUAACUUUACUGACGUUUUUAUCCACCAAUAGAUGACCGGUUUUGGAAAUAUUCCUUCCCACCCCUUCAAUGAAUGCCAGAGAGUUACUUGAUGGCGACAGGUUUGUGGCUGUCUACAGACUUGCCAGCUGACAUGGUGUAAUAUGUUAUGGGAAGUUAAUAAGACUGAACAAGUUGAGGAAAACAAGAUGGAUGCAAAUAGAAUGGAAGACUCCUUUGAUCUUCUGAAAUGCAAUGAGGCUCUGUCCUCAUCACCUGGUUGCCCCCCUACUCCCAUGGAGUAUGAUGACCUGCCAGAGCUGCAGGAGGUAGAGGAGAACCAGUCCUCUCCGGUGCUGUUCCAUGUGGGAACUGGGGUGUCACAUCAGGAGUGUAUAGCUGGUUACCCUCACACCAAUUGGCUGACUGAGCUGGCUAACAUCGCCACCAGCCCUCAGAGCCCCCUACUGCAGGAGCCUCCUCCCAUCAAGAGGUCGUCUCCUAUGCACAUCUUUGCCACCAGUCGUAGUUUACAUUCUUACGCCAGACCUCCCCUGGCCAGCAGUGCACCCAGCCCCUCUAGGGGUCACCUUAGGGAGCGCAGCAGACGUGUCAGAGCCAGCAGUGAGUCAGAGUCUGGUGUGUUCUCUAUGUCAUCCUUCUCUGAUGAUGAGGACAUGGGUUGGUCUAACUCCUGGCCCUCAACUGCCUGGCACUGUUUCCUGAAAGGCACCCGGCUGCGGUUCCACAGGGGUUCUAACAAGGAGUGGCAAGAGGCUGAGGACCUGGGAGACUCUGAUGACGUGUCAGAUGAUGAUGAGAGAAUAAUGCCGUCCACCGCCCGAAAGAGCUACGGUUCGGAAGGUCUGAAGCUAGUGGCCCACGAGGAGAACGUGUCAUACGGCCAGGCUGUCCUCAAACUCACCUUUGACCCUGGCUCGCCAGAAGAUGGACUCUUAACGGCAGAGUGCAGAUUUGAUCACCCCUUCUUUGUGAAAAACAAAGGCUGGUCCUCGUUCUAUCCCAGCCUGACGGUGGUGCAGCACGGUAUCCCCUGCUAUGAGAUGCAGGUGGGGGACCUAUGUCUUCCUCCAGGCCACAGAGACUCCAUAAACUGUGACGACUCUGUUGUCUUCGACACCUUCAGGAGUUAUGACUUCACCCCUCUGGACUCUUCAGCUGUGUAUGUGCUGAGCAGCAUGGCCAGGCAGCGUAGGACCUCCCAGUCCAGCAGUGGCGCUGUCUCCCCUGACCUAGAGAAACUCUCCAGUUCCUCCCACCCCUCCUCCACCAGCAAAUCAAACAGGAGCAAUACCUCAGAGACGGCCCCUGGCGGGGCCACGCCCACCAAAUGCAAGCGGCCAAUGAACGCCUUCAUGCUCUUCGCUAAGAAGUACAGGUUGGAGUACACACAGAUGUACCCUGGGAAGGAUAACAGAGCCAUCAGUGUGAUCCUGGGUGAUAAGUGGAAGAAGAUGAAGAACGAGGAGAGGAGGAUGUACACCAUAGAGGCCAAGGCUCUGGCUGACGAGCAGAAGAGACUCAACCCUGACUGCUGGAAACGCAAGAGAACCAACUCAGCCCAAUUUCUGUCCUGGACAUAAGGUCCUGAGCGAGAUUCAAACCCUCUGGUUUAAACCAACACGGGGUCCCAGCACCAAUAGAUGGCCUAUGACCUUCAGACACUGGUGUGUGUGGCAUGGCGAGGUCAGAGGUCAAGGGUGAACAGACUGACCAGGCGACCCCACUAGUCUCUCUAGCCUGGUCCCAGAUCUGUUUGUGCUGUAUAGCCAACUAUGGUCGUUGGACCAUAAAACAGCACAAACAGACCUGGAACCAGGCUACUCUCUCUCUCUGCUCACCUGUCAAAUUGAUGAGACAUAACUGUGAUGCUGAAUACACAUUAUAGAUAGGCCUACAAGACAAAACGACAACUAUGAACUAUAUAUUAAAAAGCAGGUAAUCUAGUGUAACUAACCAUGCUUAUAUUUUCUUACAUUUUAAAAUGACAAGAGAUGCCUUUUUAUUCCUCUAUAAAAAAAAGGAAAUGCUCAGUUUUAUUUCUUCAGGUAAUUUCAUAUUUCGAGGCAUGAAACCUUGAGAUCAGGGUUGCAAAAUUCCGGUAACUUUCCAAAGAUUCCCCAGGUUUUCCAGAAAUUCAGGUUGAAAGAUUCUCAGAAUCAGGAGGGUAUAAGCAAGAAAUCCAGAAUCCUCCAACCAGAAAACCUGAGAAUUUUGUUAGAGUUACUGGAAAUUGACAACCCUACUUGAGACCCAGUGGUGCUAAGUUCGGUUAAGGAAGGAGGAACAGUGAUACAAAAGUUAUAUUUUUAAUUGUAAAAUAAAUAAGGGGGAUUUUAAAUAGCUUUGGUGACACUUUAUUUUAAGGGGUCCAUAAUAAAGCAUUUAUAAGGCAUUUACAAACCGCUUGCUCAUCAUUUAUUAAUCAUGCAGAAAAAAUUUUAAUCUACCAAUGGCAUGUCCAUCUUUUUGUGAGAAAUUACACUGGUCACUCAAAAUAUUUAUAAAAUAUUCAUAAGUAUAAAUAGUGCUCACUUUAAGGACUGCAAAAAUACUUUACUAAUUAUUAGUAAAUGGUUUAUAAAUGUGGGCGUAAUGAUUAAUAAAUGGUGAACACACAAUUUAUAAAUGCCUUAUUAAAUGGUUUAAUACGGAACUUUAAAAUUGUUUUUUCUCUUUUCAGCUGCAGUUCAUAUUGAUUUAUAUUUGUACAACUCAAUAUAUUGCACAGAUUGAUAAAGCCUUUCAUGCAUUGUA